AUGAGGAUCGCGACAUUGCAAUUUGCCCCAAAGUUGGGAGAUGUUGAGGGGAACAUCAACAGAGCCAAUGAUUUGCUGAAACGGGGCAAGCAUAUCUCCCUCAAUGGACAGGCCCAUGGGAUAGGGAUCGGAGUAGAUCUUCUAGGUCCUGAUCUUCUAGUAUUGCCGGAGUUGGCUUUGACGGGGUACAACUUCCCCUCCAAGGAAGCCAUUGAACCAUAUCUAGAGCCUGCUGGCGCAGGUCCCAGCGCUACAUGGGCGCGCGACACAGCCCAGCGCCUGAAUUGCAAAGUCUGCAUCGGCUACCCGGAGAUUGAGCACAGUACCAAUGAGGGUGAAUCACCCAAAUACUACAACUCGCUUCUCGUGGUCGAUGAAGUGGGCACGGUAGUCCACAACUAUCGCAAGAGUUUCCUGUACUAUACAGAUGAGACCUGGGCCGCCGAAGGCAGUGUGGAUCUGGGAUUCCGCAAUUUGGAAUUCACGCCACACAUCGAGCCCGAGAGCAAGUCCGGUUCUGCAGCCAUGACCCCAGCAGGACUGGCUCAGCAUGAAGUACCCACCUCAUUUGGUAUCUGCAUGGACAUCAACCCUUACAAGUUCGAAGCACCCUACACAGCGUACGAGUUUGCCAACCGGGUGUUAGACUCAGGCUCACAGCUAGUUAUCUUAUCGAUGGCCUGGCUCACACUAAUGGGGAAGGAAGACAUGACCGCCCUGAAUGGGAAGCCCGAUAUGGACACGUUCAGUUACUGGUUAAACCGGUUUAUGCCCCUACUAGAGAAGAAGAUGCGGCACGCGGGGGAUAUCGACAGCCACACCGAACGCCACGGCGCAUCGACCGAUGCAGCGACCAAGAGGACCGUGAUUAUAUUUGCCAAUCGCGCCGGGGAGGAGCCGGCGGCAGAUGAUACCAAGCCACCGGCGCGGUAUGCAGGGACGAGUGCCGUCAUUGCUGUGACGCAGCGGACUCGUCCGGGGUCAGGGUCAGGGUCAGGGUCACGGGUUGCGGACCGGAUCGACGGUAGGAAAGAGGGCGAGGGUGAGAACGAGGGUGCAGUGGAGACGAAGAUCGCCUGCUGGGAUCUACUAGGCGCGGGGGAGGAAGGGAUUUGCUUUGCGGAUACUACGGCAGACCCGAAAAUGGUGUUUGGGUUACGGAAGAGGGGGGUGGGGAGGAGAGUUCUGGAGAGGACUCUGAUGGAUCGGAGUGAAAUGUGA